AAAAAAAAAACUCGGCCGACGUGAGGACGCAGAAAAAAGGUAGGAAAAAAAUGCAAGAAGACAAAAGCCGAGGAGGCACGACAUGUCGCAGCUUCUUGUUGCAGACUGGAGCGCGGCCGGCGGAGGAGCCUUGAAUUUGCGGAAGUGGCGGCGCGGGUGGGGCUCAGUCAGCGCCGAACGGCAGCUCGAAUGUUGAGAUGCGCUCCAGGAAGCCCCCGACACACAGCUUCGCGGCGGCGAUUUGCCUUUAUUAGCCGUGCAUGUAUUUUAUUGAUGUUGCGGAGCUAAUGGGGGGCAGCAUAAGAGAACAGAUUCAUGUCUCUAAUUAAAAGGAGAUCCGUGUCAGCUAUGCUGAAGACGCGAUUGAAAUAGUUUUUUUUUUUUUCUUUUAAGCCAAGGAGGAGAGAAGCUUUUCGAGAGGAUUAUCGAGCAUUAUUACACGCUAUCCUAACAGAAAAAUAAUGAAUGACGGCGCGCAAGAAAUGUCUCCCGACUUCGUUUUGAUGCGCUUGGUUGCCGCCGCCGAAGACGAUCAGUUGGAUCAGGAGAAUGGGAACCUGCCUCGCAGUAACGUCGGCACCGGAUUCAGCCCAGCUGGGCUACCUCACCAUCAUCAUCAUCAUCAUCACCACCAUCACCACCACCACCUUCACCAUCACCAGUACCACCACCACUUUCUGCUCAAAGGCGGAUUUGAACUUGACUUUAGCGGCGCUGUCAACCCGAUCCCUCAGCAACAGAGGCAAGGCCCGGACUGCCGGCCCGUGACACCUGCCGUGGAGCCGAUGCAGAUCCCAUCUUGUUCACCACCUCUUUCUCUGCCACCGCCACCGCCUCCACCUCCACCGCCGCUGCCUCCGGCUCCACUGAGCAGCGGGAUGUCCGAUUUUACUCACCGGCCGAUAAGUGCAGGUCGGCCGCAGCUUAUGGUAUUUCGGAACUUGCUGCGCACGGGGGAAGGGAACGGCGACGAUGGGCCCGAAGAACACGGCUAUUCACCGGACAGGCCGGCUGUGCCAGGGGCCACUGCUGCAUGCAGUGGAGGAAUGCUGCCGCCACGACCACCAAAACCCCAGUCUCCGAGAUGGCACCUGCACCCACGGGUAAAGCUGACUAGUUCCGGUCCUACGGAGGUCUCCGUGCCCACAGAGUUGUGCCCGCGGCACAGACUAGCCACCGAGCACACCGACAUCUGCCCCGGGGAUCCCGUCCUCGACUUGGUCACAAAAUUCGGCGAGUUUGGGGUAGAGCAGGCAUCCAAGAUGCUGCUGCAGGCAGGCAGCCUUUCACAUUGCCUCUGUCACGAGCUCUUGGCCCCGGCGAACUUGACAGUCGGGCCCGGGGAGGAUCCAACGGAGACCAGCGAUGCCUUGCUAGUGUUGGAGGGACUGGAGUCCGGUGAUGAUUUGACCAGUGGAAACGACAGCGACCGGGUAGAGGAAUCACCAGGAGCCGGUAUGGCCGGCUUAACCGGACUGGUGUUGCGUCGAGCCGGGGAGAGCUGCUGCCCUGGCUACCGGGAUCCGGCAGUAAUUCAGCAGCGACCUGGGAGCUUGGUGAGCCCCGCCAUCUCCGGGGCGUCCUCCCCAAGUGGCUCCACACUGGAACUUCCGAUGCCCCAGCAGGAGCUCAGCCAGAAAUGUCGCGUGGGCCGCUGCGCCAGCUCCCCUCUCGCUGCGGCCACCGGCGGAAUGGAGCAGGACAGGAGCCCGAGGGUGCCGGCUAAAUCUAGGAAAGGCUCCCUCAAGAUCCGCCUGAGCAAACUGUUUAGAACCAAAUCGUGCAGUGGCGGAGCUACCGAGCCGCAGGACAAGCGGCACUCCGUGGAGCUGGUGUCCGUGCGGAGCCUGGGGGACGUGUCGGAUUCGGCCGGCGGGGAUCCGGAGGCGGACAGGUACAGUGCUGCAGCGGCCGCUGCUUGUAAUUCUUAGAUUCAUUAAGGUUUU